UGGGCGGGAGCGGGGCUGCUGCGCAGAGAGGAAGGCGGGUCUGACAGUAGCGGAGGCCGGGAGCUCUGGAGCCCGGGAUUGUUGGGAAAAUGGGUGAGCUGCCCUUAGAUAUCAACAUCCAGGAACCUCGCUGGGACCAGAGCACUUUCAUGGGCAGAGCCCGGCACUUCUUCACUGUAACUGACCCCCGGAAUCUGCUUCUGUCUGAGGCACAGCUGGAAGCGUCUCGGAACAUCGUGCAGAACUACAGGGCCGGCGUGGUAAGCCCAGGGCUCACCGAGGACCAGCUCUGGCGGGCCAAGUACGUGUAUGAUUCUGCCUUCCAUCCCGACACGGGGGAGAAGCUGGUCCUGAUCGGCCGCAUGUCGGCACAGGUGCCCAUGAACAUGACCAUCACCGGCUGCAUGCUCACCUUCUACAGGCACACCCCCACCGUGGUGUUCUGGCAGUGGGUGAAUCAGUCAUUCAACGCCAUCGUCAACUACUCCAACCGCAGCGGCGACGCCCCCAUCACCAUGGGGCAGUUGGGGACAGCGUAUGUGAGUGCCACCACUGGGGCGGUGGCCACAGCUCUGGGACUCAAAUCGCUCACCAAGCACCUGCCUCCACUCGUGGGCAGGUUUGUCCCCUUUGCUGCUGUGGCUGCUGCCAACUGCAUCAACAUCCCCCUCAUGAGGCAGAGGGAGCUGCAGGUGGGUAUCCCGAUAACAGAUGAGUCUGGUCAGCGGCUGGGCCACUCGGUGACUGCGGCCCAGCAGGGAAUCUUCCAGGUCGUCGUGUCGCGAAUCUGCAUGGCGAUUCCAGCGAUGGCUAUCCCCCCUGUGAUCAUGAACACGCUGGAGAAGAAGGCCUUCCUGAAGCGUCGUCCCUGGCUGGGGGCACCCCUGCAGGUGGGACUCGUGGGCUUCUGCCUGGUGUUUGCCACGCCCCUGUGCUGCGCCCUGUUUCCCCAGAAAAGCUCCAUCCACGUCAGCAGACUGGAGCCAGAGCUCAGAGCUCAGAUCCAUGAGCGGAACCCCAACAUGGAAGUGGCUUACUACAACAAGGGGCUUUGAGGGAACGUGAGAGCCUGUCGCCCUGCCCGAGCUCCUGGGGCGACUGCUUGGUGGAACCUUGCAUCCUUGCCACACGCUGUCUAUCUGGGACUGGGCAGGGGUUUGCGGAAGGAGCAGCCUUUGAGACCAGCAAUCCUUCGGCUGGGAGAGGUGCCCCAUAAGCCUUUCUCUCUCCCCUGUGGUUUCAGGGAGCAGGGCCUGUACCCCUUUCUCUUGCUCCUGUAUGUCUACCUAGAUACGUACAUGGUGUGCGUGUGUGUGUGUGUCCACAUCAUCCCGGAAGCCAGGGGAAGACACGCUGGCCCGGCCUGCCCUCUGGCUUCCCUUCCCAGCCUCCUGUCCCCUGCCAGCCAGGCAGGCUACAGGACUUUCCCUUCCUGAAACACACCAGCCACGUUGUCUCCGACAGCACUCCUCCACUUGGGAGAAGCCUCCGGAUCUCAGGACAGAGACUGAGGGACACUCAGGGUCCUCCCUCACAUCCCGCAAGAGGUUAAGGGUCGAGAACAAAGGAGUGUCCUGGGCUGCUUCUGCCAUCCUCCCCUCCACCCCCCCUCCCCAACAUCGCAAUGUGGGCAUCUUUAGGCACAGAUUGAAGAGUUCUUGGCCAGCUCUGACUUCAGCACUUCAAAUCAAAACACUCCCACUCUCGUCCCCAAACCCUGAAGCCCCAAAGGCUGAGCAGCAGUCCCUCUCCAGAGCUCGGGAACCUCUGACAUAGCACCCCACUGUGGGAACGGUGCUUACCCGCCUGAGGCUUCUGGGGGGCGGGGUGGCCAAAAUACCCACUGGAGGGCAGCUGGCCCCAGCUGUACAGUGUGAACACAGGGUGCUUGGUGUUCCGUCGACACUCCACAGAACCCCAAGCCUUGCUUGCUCUUGCUCUUUCUUGAGGUUUGGCCCUAUUCCUACCUCCUCCACCCUUGAGAGAAGAAGGGGCCAUUUAAAGAGGAAGUAGGCUUGGGUGUGUGCUGGCCGACCCCCCAAAGCAGCUGGCCGUGUAC